AUUUACCACCACUACCAGUGGUGUGAUACUUUGUCGCUGCUUCUCGCGUUCCCCGGGCUACAAAGACUCAGCUUUCCAAGCUUUCCUACCUCCACUUCUGUCUUCCAAAAGCCUGGCCAGCUUUUUCCUCUCGUCUUCCCUCCCCCCCCCCCCCCCUGCCCCUCAAAUCCUCUGCGUCUUUCCACAUUCGUUCCUGCUCUGCACUUAGCUGUUUUGGUUGAGGAUCGGACAUGGCAAUGGACGAUGAAUCGCCGCUCAGAGUCAAUACCAGAGGCGGCGCCAUGGGAGGAGGGGAGUGCGAGGGGGCGGAGAACCAGCGGUGGCCGCCGUGGCUCAAGCCGCUGCUGGCGACGAGCUUCUUCGGUCAAUGCAAGGUGCACGCGGACGCGCACAAGAGCGAGUGCAACAUGUACUGCCUCGACUGCAUGAACAGCGCGCUCUGCUCCCAGUGCCUCGCCUACCACCGCGACCACCACGCCAUUCAGAUACGGAGGUCCUCCUACCACGACGUGAUCCGUGUGUCGGAGAUACAGAAGGUGCUGGACAUCACCGGCGUACAGACUUACAUCAUCAACAGCGCGCGCGUCGUGUUCCUGAACGAGCGCCCGCAGCCGAGGCCCGGCAAGGGCGUCACCAACACCUGCGAGGUCUGCGAGCGCAGCCUCCUCGACACCUUCCGCUUCUGCUCUCUCGGCUGCAAGAUCGUCGGCAACUCUGGCGACUACCGCAUCCGGAAGAAGCACGCCGGCAUCAAGAAGAACAAGAAGAAGCUGCAGAAGGGCGCCCUGGCGGCGUCGGACUCGGAGGACUCGUCCACGAGCACCAGCGGUGGGAGCGACAAGAGCAGCGUGGUGCAGAGCUUCACCCUGUCAACCCCGCCGGCGACCGCCAACAGCUACCGCACGGGCAAGCGGCGCAAGGGCGUCCCGCACCGGUCGCCGUUCGGCAGCCUCAUGGUGGAUUUCUAGAGCAGAGCAAUCCAAUGCCCAACGGAAGGUGCUCUGUUUCUUGGUCCUUGGUGCCACAGUAGCAUACACACCUCUACAUACCAUCUAUAGCUGCUCGAUCGAUCGAUCUAUACAUAGCCAGCCAAAAGGAGCUAAGCAAUAACGAGGCUCCAUUGCACGCCUGCGCUUCUGGACGAGGACGGCGGUGCAGUGCGGGACGGCUACUUUCAUAGUUACACGCAGUUACUGUGCCAGUAGCAACGGUUUGGGUUUGGUGUCUCUGAAAGAGAGGUAAACAGAUAGUAGUGGUACUUACCCUUCUCGUCAUAUAACUACUAAGUUUUGCAAGUUACCUAUAGGGGUUUUUAGUUAUUACCAGUGGUUGGUAUAGUCGUAGAUGUACAUAUAUGUUAUACUGUCACAGAUGGGGAAUGGUAGGAGUAUAGCUACGGUGUUCAUAUUCGUGCUUGCCUUGCCUGUAAUAAAGGAUAAGAAUGCUGCCCCUGAUGGCCUCCAAUGUCAUGGUUGUUUGCUUGCUUGAUUUCUCCUC